AGGAGAUCCCACUGCAGGGCGGGGACGGCCAGCUGCGGGGCCAGAAUGAAGUUUGAAAAUCCGUAGUGCGUCUGUAUCACGCCGUGCGACGUUCUCUUUCUUGACCGCGUCAGCAGGACUAUCUACAACGUGAACGUGCCGGCAAGAGACGGAGAGGCAGUAUUACCGUGCUGGUGAAAAGUAAAAUUGGAACGUAAAAAAAGCACCGGAGCUCCAGUCGGUUUCCCCUUUCGUCUUGGUCCGCUGCAUACGAGACAUUGGCCGGUCGGAAAAAUGUGUCUGUUCCUUUCACGACCAGAACGCCAGGUGGUCCUCUCCUUGUCGCGGCUGUCCUGCGCCGGCACUAGGCAAAUGUGGCCUUUGUUCAUCUUGACCGCAUUUCUGCUCGGCCUCGCUCUGCCGCUAGGCUCUACCAGGUCUCUCGAAAGAACGCUGUCACUCUUUGCUGCGGCCCUUGAGCACAACGAGAAAUACCAGGGCGCGUGUGAAAAGAUAGACAUCGACCAAGACAAUGGGAUUAACGAGGCUAAUAUCCAAGAAAAAACCUGUGUUAGUGUAACUAUCUUUGGCUGGCAGCAUCACAAAGUUGCUCUACAUGACAGAGAAAAUCUGUCAUGCGUGGCUUGUAAGGGAAAACACACAUGAAAAGAGGACUUCAUGGCUGUCUGGCAUGACAGACGUAACUCUGUUGCAUGUUCUGCAUUACAGAGUUACACUUACACAGUUUUUUUCUUUCAUAGCUAACAAGGACACGGCAGCGCUGGAGGAAGGGUAUCGCUGCAAACCGAGACUUAUCGUAAGGAAAAAUCGCCCCCUCCCAUAUCGAGAGGAAGUUUCUGAUGCCGGAUUUCCGUACACAAAUGCGCGCUGUCUUGCAGUAAGGCAUCGCAGCCAGUAGAUCCCUAGCCUAGGUAGGGGUGUAUGGGUCUAGUCGUGUAAGUAGCAUUACAAACGGCUGUCCCCGAGGCCCAACAGCAUGCCAAAUCGCUCCCAUAAUGGCGGCGCGGAAGCCUCUGCGCUUGUCGUCUUGCAAGAUAGUCGUGAUUUGUGGUCUCAAAGCAGCAACACAAAUUUGCGGAAAAAUAAUACCGCUUCGAUAUGGGGAGGGGGGACAUGUCCUCGCAAUAAGACAGCCUCUUUAUCACACCGAGGCCAAGACGAAGCGGUGCGCCAAGUCCAAACGUUUUAACUACAUUGCUGCAAGCGGGAACACACCGAGGGUGGAAGGUUGCAACAACUGCUACGACUGCAAGUUUAAGAAGCACGAGUUUCUGUGGUUCCGGUGCUGGGAAUAUCAAAUGCAAGCAUGUCUGGGUCUGGAAACUUGUGUUGCUGAUACUUGCAUUGCAAACUUGCUGCUUGUACGGCAUAACAGCAUGAGAAAUUUCGCGAGGCUUAUUCCAGAUUCAUUCGUAUUUAGCAUGAAGACAAAGUACCAUAUCCCGCACGACAAAAAAAAUGGGCAAUGGUAUUCAUGCAUUACAGAUCUUGUUGUCCUUGAAGUCCUCCAUCGCAAAUCCAGACCCAGACAUAUUUGCAAUGCAUAGGGAAAUGUCGCGAAGUAACGAAAAUCAGUACCUGGGGAGCUUCUUGUACUCCAGUGGCGACGAGAAGAAGUGUCAGGACAAAUGCCGGGCCUGGGUAAAGGACUGCUACUCUCUGGGCAGCACUUGGGACUUCGAGAACCGAGAGUGGGACCUGACAGACGUUAACCCUCCGGCCGCCUUUAUCCAAGAAAAAAACUGUGUUAGUGUAACUUUCUUGGCCUGACAGCAUCACAAGUUUGGUCUACAUGACAGAGAAAUCCUGUCAUGCGUGGCUUGUAAGGGAAAACACACAUCCACAUGAAAAGAGGACUUCGUGGUUGUCUGGCAUGACAGAUGUAACGCUGUUGCAUGUUCUGCAUUAAGACAGUUUUUUUCUUGCAUAGCCUGCCUUGCCAAGUACGAGGAGGCCGGGUCCACGUGCAAAACGAAAGUGGACGAUUGGUGGGACUACUGCAAGAACAAGGGGACUUAUGGAGAGAGAAAAAAGUUUGUCAAAGUCACUAACUUGCAGGCUUUGCAUUACAAAUCUUUUUAGCAUCACAACUUUUCCUUAUAUCGCAGAAACACUAGGGAAAUCCCUUAUGAAGUUUGGCUGUGAUGCCUUUUUACGCAUGACAGAAAGUUUUGUAUUGCAAAAAUGCGCAUGUGCAUGAGUGAUCGUGGCGAACUUUUUUUGUUUGAUAGGACUGCUUCCGGGAAGACACUGAUGAAGGAGGCGCGCAAGAACUGCACGUAUCAAAUGCAAAUAAAUAUGUUUGGGUCUGGAAGAGGGCGAGAUUUGUCAACAUGCUUGUCUGGCAUGACUCUGGACUCUGUGUUGCGCUUGCGUGGCCACAAACAGGUCCCUCUGCCUGUCAUGCAAAAACGCAGCUUCUCAUGCGGAAUACGCAACACAGCGCGAGGACGAAAAAACCUGUCAUGCUUGGCGGUGCAGUACAGAGUGCUUAGUACUAUUCGCUGAGUUGCAUUACAAGUUUCCAGAUUCAGUCAUAUUAAUAUUUGCAAUGCAUAGCACAAAAGCCCCGACAACGUCCACAACGACCACCACGACGACGAUUACCCCUACCAAAUGCAAAAAUGUCUGGGUCUGGAAGAUUAAAACUUGUCAUGCUAAAUCCGAAUAGUGCAAAAAUCUGUGUUGCAUGAGUGCCAAAAGCUGUCCACUUUCGACCAAGUUGGGAGGUAGUUUCUCAUGCGGGAUAGGCAUGGCAGAGACCUCACAGACUCUGUCAUGCUAGGCCCUGCAUUCCAGACCUUAUGGGUCAUGGAAAAUCUGCAUGACAAAUCUCGCAAUCUUCCAGACCCAGACAUUUUUACAUUUGAUAACCCCCUAUGCCUGGGAAGUAUGUCUGGGUCUCGAAGAUGAUGAAUGGAGCUUGUCAAGAACAUGCGAAGUCCUAAUUCCAAAAAAACCAGUGUUGCAUGAACGCCAGAAGUUCUUGCCGAGUUUUGGCUAGGAAACAGCAACAGGCGGAUCAUUUUUCUUGCGGUGGAAUAUUAGGCGUGAGGAGGGUCAUCUCAAAAACGAACAGGGGGCGGCGGGUUGAAGUUGUCUAUAACGAAAAAAUAAAGCUAAAGAACUUCACCGGUGUACUUGAUGAAAGCAAACACGACCACACUGGACGUCGAUUAUCGGGGAAUGUUGACAGUGGUUCUGUUUCUGUAGUUUACACAAGUGAAAAUGAAAUAGAAUGAUACAAC